UCGUCCCGGACCUGCCGCAGCGUCUGUGACCGCAUGACCCGCUCAGAGGCAUCCCUGCCGGCUAUCUGAGCCUUGGUGAUGGCGUAAGCUGUUAUCUGGGCCGCCCUGCGAAUCGGUCGAGACUCUGCCAACUUCUCAACAACAUGGAGGUUGUUCAGGAGGUUAAAUAACAUACGCGCGAGCAUGUUGUCGAGAAAUGUCCAAAGACCCUUGACACGUUAGCUUAACGUUAGCCAGUCAGCUAACUAGCAGUCCAGUAUUUCUGCCCUGUAAUGACAACAAUAGUUAACUGGAGGUAUAUAAUCGUAGACUGUAUCUUAUACUGUAAUGUAUGUUGCGCUGUGGUGUAAAUAUCACUAACUUAGCAAACGCUAUAUAACGUACAUAAAAGGUUGACUUACUUCAGCUGAGCCGAUCAUUAGCUUUCAUUUAGAUGACAUAACAUACUGUGGAGUGAGGCUGAAGUUGGCUUAGAUUCGACUUGUUUAAGUGACCAAUCCACAACUCGGAACUUCCCACGUACCCACAACUCGGAAACUACGAAUAUGAAGCUAACUUCAACGUUGUGUCAAACUGUUUUCCGGACAUUUUUGUUGGUAACACCAACCGGGGAAAUACGUCCGGUCGUAUCGUACGAAUAUCCGCUUUCGGUACUAAUUUCCCUUAUUCAUUCCCCAUAGAUUUUGGGCACGGAGCGUUGAGGUUGAGUCUUCUCUCUGAACUAAACCCUUCAACACGUGGGAACUGUAAGUGGACUGUGCAGCCAUGCAGGUGAUCGUGUGGUUCGCCGUGGCCGUGCUGUCUCAGCCGGCGGCAGUUAGCGGAGCCGAGAAGAAGAAGCUGCAGAUCGGCAUCAAGAAGCGAGUGGACAACUGUCCUAUCAAGUCUCGCAAAGGAGACGUGCUGAACAUGCACUACACGGGCAAGCUGGAGGACGGCACGGAGUUUGACAGCAGCAUUCCCCGCGACAGGCCCUUCACCUUCACCCUGGGCACCGGGCAGGUGAUCAAAGGCUGGGACCAGGGCCUGCUGGGCAUGUGCGAGGGCGAGAAGAGGAAGCUGGUCAUCCCCUCCGAGCUGGGCUACGGAGACAGGGGAGCUCCCCCAAAGAUCCCCGGAGGAGCGACGCUCAUCUUUGAAGUGGAGCUGCUCAGCAUCGAGAGGAGAUCCGAGCUUUGAUAAAGAGGAGAUGGCAAACUUUCAAACCGUUCCAGGAGCUGCUGCAGCAUUACGUGAAGAUCAUCUGACCUCUGAUGAAGACUACAUGGGAAAUCUGGGAGUAUAAAUAGCUCCCCCCCCCCCACAUAGCCACUGUGCUCCUUCCACUGGCUUGGCUUGUUGUGCUCUGAUUUAUUGGUCUGAAGUUUUUAUAUGCUACAAGAUGUGGUGUUUGUCCAUGAGUAGAACUGCCAGUAAACACCUAAACCUAGUAUUUGGAUGUGGGUUGAUAAGGGAGUCAUGUCCUGCCAUGUCAUCUAACAUUUAUUUGUUAUUGUUUGUGAUUUAUAAGCAGGUUUAUUCAUAUUUUUACAUUCUUUUCAUUAAAUAAUUUAGUAAGAAAUCAGGCAGUGGACGAAUUAGGAUCAAUGUUUUUGUUCACUUUCAGUAUUUGUAUUGUGAUAAUAAAAUGUUGAAUUUACGGGAAAACA